UUGGGGCUAUCACUACACCGUUAGUAAGAAACAAAUAACUAGCAGCAAAUUAUGUUUGCAAAUUGAGGCUGAAAUAUUUACAUUACAUUGUCAUGCGGUGUAUUUGAGAAAACAAAAAGAUGGCGCGUUUUUCGAGAUUGUGUAACUUGCUGUAAGAACAAUACGCCACAAACGUUCCCAAAUACGACAUACAAAUAGCGGACGAGGAAACUCUACAAUCCCAACCUGACAAGCGUGCCCAGACCCCAGCAGCCAUGUCCGGCCCGUCCCUGUCGGGUCUGGAGCCUGUGCUGAGUCCUGUCACCAGCCCUGGUCAGGCAGACCUGGGGGCAAAGUUCAGCCAGCUGCUGAUGGAGCUGAACCAGGCACACCAGCACCAGGUCACAGGAUUUCAACAGAGAUGCCAAGAACUGGACAGGAGCAGGAAACACUAUUACACAGAGUUGAAGAAAGCUCUUGGUGCGAUGAAGAGUCUGAAGACAGAGAACCAGAAACUCCAGCAGCAGCUGAGGAGCCUGGGAAACAGGGAAAGCACAGAUGCCUGCAAAAACUGUUUGAGUCUGCAGGGGGCGCUGAAACAGAAGGAGGAUGAACUGAAGUCCAUCAGGCGGGAACGGGAACAGUACGUCAAGUCACAGGAAGCACAAAUGAAAGAUCUUCAGAACAGGCUGUCACAGCUUCUCAGCUUACAGGGCCAGAAUGUAUAUGUACAGAACAGAAGUGAGAAGAUAAAAGAAUCUUCUUUAAAGGAUGGUGAUACCAGCAGUGACAUAGAUGUUCCUAUGAGACUAGCAGAAGGAGGACAGACAGAAGAAGUAGUAAUUCCUAAUUCAGACUCUGAGAUGAGUGGUGCAACAAAGCAGGCAGCAACCCGCCUACACCGGCAGAACAAGAGAGUGCGGUACAAAGAGAACGUCAAGACGUCCCCUGAUCGGGAAGAGGGGAAGGAGAUGUUGAAAGGCCGGCAGAAGAAGUCCCUCGCAUUGGCGGACACCCAGGGAGAGUUUACCCAACAGAUGAAGAUGAGCAGAAUACUCGUGCCUGAUACCUUAGCUGUGGAAGCCUCCACUGAGAGUGAUGAACAAAACUCACAGACCAUUACUGAGCGUAGAGGUGAAGAAGAAAAGGAAAAUAAGAGAGGUAAAUAUCAGAAAGCAAAUUAUAGGGCUGGUAGUUCCAGUGCAGAGGAGAGGAUUCAGGAUGAGGAUCCAAGUGGUGACCCAGUCGGAGAUCCCAUCACUAUGAUCCCGGAGACCAUGGCCAUGGAGGAGGACCUUGAGGAGACCAGGAUGCUUGUUUCUCCUCCGAGCUGUGCCAGUACACCUGUCAAUCACAUGGGAAAGGCUGCCUCUCUGGCCAAUCAGAAACCAGCCAGAAGCAUUGUUACCAGUCAACUGGCAAGUAGACAGACUAAGGGUACAGCUGACGAACAACCACAGCAGAAGGUUGUGUCCCAGCCAGGCAGUCCAGCAGCAGACAUGUCCCCACCAGUCUCCCCCACCUUCGGCAGACCCGCCUGUCCCACUGCUGUCAGCACCACGGACACAACAUGUGAGUCUCCCCUCCUGUUUGGGGACAGCGUGGGGACAAGGGUGGAGGAGUCUGGUCGUCAGAGGAGGGCGGCCACAUCACAGGAGAUCCAUCCACUCUUUAAAGCACCCCGCACCCCAUGUGGCGUCUCCCCGGCCCUACAGAGCCCACUGGUCCUCAGGAUCAAGACUGAACCAGUCACUCAGGAGGACUCCGAUGUGUCACCUCUGCUGCUUGGUCUGCCCUCAUUCAAGGUCAAACAGGAGCCCCAAGGACACGACCCCACCAGACAGACCCUAAGGGGAGAAUUUGAUGAGGCUGUAGCUCGGGUGGGUCCAUCAGGGACUGAGGUUGAAGGUGAGGUUGAAGAAACAGAAGACACACAGCAAGGACUUUCAACCAAGAGAAGAAACAGGACUACAAAGGUACAGGAGAAGAGAGCCACCAGGCGGUCCACCAGGGCUGCCGCCAGGGACAGCAAAGCCGUUAGGAGCUCACCCAGGGUCAAAAACUCACAACAGAAGCAAAAGGGAAGAGGAGCCGAGGUCAAAGGGUGUCAUCUAGUCAGAGUGGCAGUAAACAGAAGGCUGGUGUGCCAACAGAAGGGUCCCCCGGUCUGA